UUGUUCACAACUCACUUCUUUCAGAUAUUAUAUGAGCUCACUUGUCCACAAUUAUUGAACAACUCCACCUCCUACUGGACAGUGAUUUCGAAAAAUCUGCCUACUCUUACACAUGUGCUGCCUGUGUUUCGUGCAAAAACGGUGGUGAACGGCCUUUUAAAGUUUGCUCUGCAAAGUGAUGAUGUUGGGAAUCAAAUACUGUCUGAGGUCAAAGAGUGCAAAGGAAGUCAGAUUGUUUUCGACUGUCUACUUGCUCAUGUCCCUACUUUCGACUCUUCCGUUGAUCUGCUGCACAAAACACUCAGUUCUGAUUUAGUUGAUCAGCGAUUCCACGGUCGGGUUUCAAGGUACUUCGAUUUCUGGAUGGAGUGUAGCGGGCUGGUCGAGGGCAAGCUAGCCAGCCUAGUGGACAUUUACAUAGAAGAGGCUACGAAGAAUAAUGUCUUGCUAUCGACAUUUGGGUAUUGUGCGAUAUCUCUUCCACUCCAAAGUCGUCUUGACAAGCUUGUUGAUCUUCUGAGCAUCGGCAAAAUGUUGUUGAGCUGUCAAAAGUCUACGAACAAUAUUGAAGCCGUGUUGAAGCUCUUCUUAGCUUUGAUAUGCACGAUGUCAUCAGACAUACCAAUGCAUUGGCUUUCUGAGAACAUAGCUGAGUUACUGUUCGCCCGGUGGCGAUACUACUGGAAAAGAGCGGUGAAGAUCCCGCAGUUCCGCGAGCAGUUCGAUGUUAUAGUUGCCUUUCUUUUUCCGUGCUUUCUACUAGAGGAUCUAACUCUACCCGCCCAAAAUGCAGUAAAAGGCAUGCUGCUUUAUGUUCUGGCGUUGGAACCAAUUAUUGUUCGACGACACAUGGAGGACAAACAUGAAAACUGGGAAAAAUUGAUAAUAUAA